AUGGAAGAUAAGAAACUUGCUCCAGCUAUGAGUGAAUCCUCAUUUACCAAAAAAGCCUCACAAAUCUCAGUGAAUAAUCACUUACUCCCCCUCCGUGAGUGAAUAAAACAUUUAGAAAAAUCCUUAUUCUUUGCCCAAAAACCCACCCUCCGUGAGCGAACAAAAAUUUUUUUAAUAUUUAUGGGGGAAAAUUUUUGAUAUAUAAGUGAUAACUAGUAUCAUGAAAUCUCGAGCUAAUUCUGUUUAAUUUUAAACAAAUUGCGUUUUAAAACAAAAUUUUACAAAUUAAAUUAAUAUUUGCCUUCCAAUUUUCGAGAAGUGGGAUUUUAUUAAAUUCCGAAAAAUUUUUUUUUCUUUAAAAUUUAUAUAUAAUUUUUUUUAAAAAAAAAAUUAGCGAACAAGAUUUUUUUGUUCGCUCACGGAGGGAGGGAGUUAAGAAAUCUAGAAUAUAGUCCGAUGAAAAGAGCUCAUGUCACAAUACCAAAAAUUUCAAAUGGUGAAGAACUAAAUAUUUUUAAUUUGUUUGCACUUCACGCAAAUUAUAGCAACAUUAAUAUCAACAUUCCAGCCACAUUAAUUCGAGUAGAAAACUCUAAUUAUCCUUAUAUAGUCCAAACGAGUAAAACUGGUACAGUUAUAUCAAGGUUAUGCCUUGAUCAAGACUUCUUUUUGCUUACACCAGAGAAAUCUGCCCAGGAUAUUCCGAUUUAUUGUUAUAAACUGUCAAAUGCCAACACUGUUUUUCUGUAUUCGAAAGAAAAUGCUGAAGGACUAUGAAGGUUGCCGUCAGACUCAUUAGGGAUGAUGCAGCAGUUUGUGGCUUGUCAAACCAAAAAUGCUUCAAUAACUCGUGUUUAUUGGAAGGUUGGAAUGAAGAGCCAACAUUUUGUUAUGAUUAAUAGAGAAAAUCCGAAAUGCAACUCAAGCAUUAAGUUGAAAAAAACUCAGACACCCUGCUUAAUCCCCUUCCAUUAUGAGUCAAAAAAUAUUAUAAAAAUAUUUUGAUAUAUAAAUGAUAAUUAUUAUAACAAAACUGUAUUGAAGUUAAAUAGCUUGCAUUAUUAAGCAUGAAUUGAUAAAAUUUUACAUAUAAAUAAAAUGGCCAUUAUGUCCAGCCUACCCUCUCAGUGACUGUAGCACGUGUAUACUAGGGCAUGAUUUUUGGAGCUGCGAGUUGGACCAUCAACAUCUGGCAACCCGGAAGUGAGGAACUUAAGAACAAUUCUAGUUUUUGCAGCCUGGUCCAAUGGGCAAUUACUUGAGAUUCUUUUUUCGCAGCAGCUAAACUAGUGGGUGUCUAAGAUGGAGCAGAGGAUUACUUGCUCAAACUGCUUGCUGUGACUUGUUACAAAUUUUUGAAGCGAUUAGUAUUUUUCUAGAGAUGAACUAAAUAAAGGAGAGAUAAAUUAGACGAAGACAAGACGGUCCCUCUAGCAAAAGGCCCUUAAAUAGAGCGAUCUAACCAUGGGUUUGAUGAAGGAGAUAUCGUAAUAAGAGCUAAGGGACUGAUUUAGAAAUGGUAGCACUCAGCAAAGGUCUUCAGACUUAGCAGUGCUGCUUAGUAAGAAGAAGCGAAGUAUGACUUUGGUCGGAGAUUUUAAAUGGUCAGAUCUCAUGUCAAAAACAUCAAAAUCCAUUAAUAAUCCAUUCACCGUAAACACACUUUCCAAACCUUUUAAAAAAGCAAGACAAAGGUAUUCAAGUAUGAUACCAAUCGACGGAAACGAUAAUAAAUUAUUAGGAAUCGUUGAAAGUCCACAGAAUUAUGAAACUUUUCCUUCAAGUGAGUCUGGAGUUACCCCAAUAGUCAACACAAAGAUUGCUGAUAGUUAUUUUGUAAUAGAAAAUAAUAUUCGAGUUAUCGAAAUUGAGAGCAUGGUUCAACAAAUAGUUUCAUUUCUUAAUGGUAGCAUUUUUAAGGGUGUAGAAUUAAAAGAAAUCAUUCUUGACUUUAUUCAAGAUAGGAAAAAAAGAUGAGUAUUUUUGGGUUGCCAAGAAUAUUCAUUAUUCACUAAGUCUCCGUCUGAUUCUCUAGUAAAAAGAAGAGCGGAGCUCGAACCACUCACUAAAAGAAGGACAAUGUCAAACGGGGAAACUCAAAAACUUAAUAACCAGGAGCAAGGUUUAAAUAAUAUGCCAACUGACGAUCAAAGGGAAACCGCAGAUGAAGACCAGCCUAAAGCAACUUUUUCAUCUUUAAAUUCAAGCCCCAAGAUUGUCCACACUUCUCAAAACCCAAUUGAAAAUGAAUUUUUUCAAAAAUUUAACAAAGUUAACCAAAAAUUAGACCAAAUUAUAAAAUUAAAGCCGCAAAAUGUAAGAACGAUGAACUUGAAAGAGCAAAGCAUAAAAGCUUACCAAAAUAGAUUUUCUAUCAGCAAUGUAAAUGGUGAAGCAAGCGACACUGAAGGACAGCUAUCAGAAAGGCCUGCAACCCAAUGUCCUUAUAAAUCCGCUGGAGCGACUUCCUUGUGGAAUGAUAAAUCAAAUGAGUAUAUUAAUAAAUGUUUCUUAGAAAUCAUAGGAAGGAUUGACGAAAUGAACAUGAACACUGAGCUUUUGAGAAUAAAAAGGCAAAACCUUGUAAGAAAAUACGGAGGGGAAGAGUUUUGGUAUCAGUUUAUAAAUGAAUUAUAUGAUAAAGUUAUGGCUUAUGAGUGUCUCAGAAGAUAUUUCAAGUCUUCAAAUUUAGUGAUGAUCAUUGGUGGGAUGCUUAAGCUGUUUAAUGGAUGUGCCACGUUGGAGUUUCGAAGAAAAAUAAAAGCAGCCCAUGAGUUUUUAGGGAUUUCGGAAAAAGACUUUUUCCUGUACACAACUUUGUUCGAGGACACUUUGAGGUCAUUUAAAAUUGACGCUGAAGAUAGGCAGUCAAUUAUGACCCAAAUCAAAUCAAUGAAAUGCUUAAUUUGUAGGCAGUCUUUUCGGUAG